GACUUAUUCAUUACGCAAGAUCAAAACAGGAAAUAUGCUGGUCCCCCUCUCAAAAAGCAACUGCGGCUUUCUGCAGGCUGUCUCGAGAAUGCAAGGAAAGUUUAUCAUCAAGUAUGAAUCAGAAAAACAUCUUUGGAUGUAUGUCGAGAUAAUUUCAGACAUUGUUUUGAGAGAUAAUGUGGCUAGCUAGAAUUUCCGGAUAGCCUUUUACUCAUAACGGAGUUGAAAUUAGCUAGGCAUCAUCCUGAUCUAUGGGCUGAACAUAACCAUAUAUAGGCCUAGUGACUGCGGUGCGACUUAGGAGUUGCAGGCGACACCAUACGCCUGUGAAAUGUAGGCGAUCUUCCAAGCUGUUGAUGUUGGAAAGGACAGUCAACAAAACAGAUCACUUGACUAGCUAGCUAGCGAACCCAACCACUAAGCAUGUCAUCAGAACAAAUAGUUAUUGUCAUGGAUGACAAAACGUACAACGUCAACAAAAGCAAGUUGAUUGAAAAAAGCGACUACUUCCGUGCUCUGUACAGCUCUGGGAUGCGCGAGUCUAGAGAGGACUCGGUGCAGCUCCAGGGACUGAGUGUCCCAGGGCUUGAGCUAGUCCUGGAGUUCAUCAACACGUCCAAAGUUAAGGUGGUCAAUGAGACCUUGGAAGACCUGAUUGAGACUGCCUCAUUCCUUCAAGUCACUUCCAUCUUAAAACUCCUUUCGUCGGAAAUCAGACAGGAGAAUUGUGUGGAGCUCUACACCUUAUCGGAAGUAUAUGGAACGCAUGAUCUACGCAAUGCUUGUCUCAGAUACAUGAGCUGUUACUACCACCCUAUGCUGCGUAGGCCAGAGUUCAGCAAUCUACCUGCUGCCCUGCGCAACCAGGUUCGAGAGAUGCGUAUGAAAGGCACAGCCACUCUGGUAGCCAUUGGACUCUUCACCUGCCUGGCCCUAGAUCUUCCUGACCAGGAUGAGCCUUGGUCUAUGCUGAGGUAUGGGGAAGUGGAACAGCGUUGGAAGCCUCUCGCCAACAACCUACCGUCAGACAUGGUCAAUGUAAGAGGCUAUGGCUCGGCUGUCUUGGACAACUACUUGUUCAUCGUGGGCGGCUACCGAAUGACCAGCCAGGAGAUCUCUGCGGCACACUGUUACAACCCCUGCAGGAAUGAAUGGAACCAGGUUGCCUCUCUGAACCAGAAGAGAUCCAACUUCAAGCUCCUGGCGGUUCUAGGGAAGCUGUAUGCAGUGGGAGGCCAGUGUCUGGGCACCGUGGAAUGCUACAGCCCUGAGCAGGACUGGUGGACCUGUGUGUCGUCACUUCCUGACCCCCUGGCGGAGUUCUCGGCCUGCGAGUGCCAGGGCAUGAUCUACGUCAUGGGAGGAUACACUGCCAGAGACAGGAACACCAGCGUGCUCCGGUACUGCCCCACCUCCGACAGCUGGGCCGUGUUCCGCUCCUGCUCGGCCCACGUGCGCAAGCAGCAGAUGCUCUCAGUUGAAGACACCAUCUACCUGGUGGGGGGCUACACGCACGAGCUGGAGCCGGGUCCGUCCCGGGGGCGACGGGUCAGCCAGACGGAGGACAUGCUCACGGUGCAGUCGUACAACGUGACCACGGGGGAGUGGCUCCACCUGAAGGACAACACCUCCAAGUCGGGGCUGAACCUCACGUGCACGCUGCACAACGACGGCGUCUACAUCAUGUCGCGCGACGUCAGCCUGCCCACCAGCCUGGAGCACCGGGUGUUCCUCAAGUACAACAUCUUCUCGGACGCCUGGGAGGCGUUCAGACGCUUCCCCGCUCUGGGCCAGAACAUGCUCCUCUGCUCCCUCUACCUGCCAAAUGUCCUCUGAGCAGUCCGUGAGUCUUGUGGAUGGGACGUGGGAGGAUGCUAAUGGCCGGGUCAUCUGGAGACGCCGUCCUAUUCCACAGGGCCAUGAGGCUUGUUCGCGCUUGCAGCUACUGUGUGGUUUCCCAUCAGGAGUGGAGGUUACAAUAGAACACUGUGUGUGGGUUAGUCAAUGACUUAAACCCUAAAAUAACUACCCAAGCACAGGUCAUGCAAACAUUCACACAUUGUGGUCAAUGUCUAAGGUAGCGUAGCGGUGAAUGCCUACAGUCGAGAUCCAUUUUGGGAUCCUUUGCUUAGAAAUUUGACUUGAACCAUAAGGGACAUUCCCCUGUUGUUUACAAUGCAAAUUCAAAUGAUCGAUUUUGCAAGGAUGUUCAGUCUACAGACCUUAAACGCUAAUCCAGAUUAGUAAUAGAAUGUACACGUCAUACUGGCCAAGAUGUGGCUUUGGUUUUACACUGCCAGUUUUGCAAUGGGUGAUUAAAAUCAUGCUGAACAUGGUCCAACAUAAAUAGCGAAACUAAUGCCCAAACUCUCUCGUUUGAGAGAAAAGUUAAUGUAGUUAACUUUAGGAAUGGAAGGGGAUUCAUUCAAUAAAAAAAUAAAAUAAAUAAAUGGUCUGAAUUAAACACGAUCAUUGUUUUGAAAACAUGCUAAACCCAGCAGCAGCAGAAUCCACCGGAAAGAAUAAGGAACAUGUGCCUUCGAUCUCACUUGGUAAAUUUUGUACAGAUGAAGCAGACUGUUCAGUUAUUAAUAACCAACCUUCCCCCCCCCCCCCCCCCCCCCCCUUUUCACUGUUGUUUGUCAGGAAAGGGCUCUAAUUAGGUUAUGUUAAAGACAUAUGUGAGGAAAAAAGUUUGGAGUUUGUCUACAAGUAUUUUCAAAUGGUUGGCGACAGGGGGUUAUUAAUACAUUCCUUCUACAGAAAACAACUACUUUGUUUGGCUUGUUUAACGUGUCGUAUAUUGUUUGUCAUCACUGGUUAUUUGAUGGAUGUAUUGGACGCAAAAAAUAUAAAAAAUAGGAAGGCAGGUGUCAGUCUUGUAUUCAAUAAACAUUGGAACAAUGCA